AUUUACCAGACUUGUUAUGUAUAUUGUUAGAUAAUGGAUUAUUAGGAAUUUGCAGUAUAAUUGAGCUUAAAAAUCUAUUUGAAAAUGAAUGAAAAUGGGAAUGAAUAUUUUACUACCUUUAAAUUUAUAUUAUUAUCUCAUCAGUUAAUAUUUUCAAAUUUAAGUUGUUAAAAUAUUCGGGCAUCUUCUGUUAGUAAAUUAUAUUCAUGUGUUGCAGCUAUGGUUGAAAUUUUGGAAAGUAAGAAUACCUUAAACAGUUUAGAUUAUGUUCUAGCAGGAGGUGGAUCAGGUUGUAUUACCCGAGCGUUAAGUCAACCACUUGAUGUUUUAAAAAUAAGAUUUCAGCUGCAAGUUGAACCUAUAUCUACUGUAGCAGUUUCAAAAUAUAAAUCUAUACCUCAAGCUGUAGCCCUUAUACUCCGUGAAGAAGGCCUGAAAGCUUUUUGGAAAGGUCACAUACCUGCACAAUGGUUAUCUAUUACAUAUGGAAUGGUACAAUUUUCUACAUUUGAACUUUUGGUGAAGAAAGCUAAAUCACUGGAUUUUGAAAAAAACUAUUCAUAUUUGAUAAAUUUUAUGAGUGGAGCAGUUGCAGGUUCUACUGCAACAUUAUUGUCCUUUCCAUUUGAUGUAAUUAGAACCAGACUAGUUGCUCAAAGUGAGCAGAAGAUGAUAUACAAAGGAAUUAUCCAUUCUUGUCAAGUUAUUUUGAAAAAUGAAAAACCUAUUACCUUAUUUAGAGGUCUAUUGCCAACUUUAUUUCAAAUAACUCCACAUGCAGGAGUACAAUUUAUGACAUAUAAAUUAUUUAAUGAUAUGUAUUCACUUUUAUUUAAUCAAAAUGAAGUAACUUUAUCGAAUAGUGUUGUGUCAGGAAGUUUAGCAGGUCUCUGUGCUAAAACUGCUAUAUAUCCUUUAGAUUUAGUCAAAAAGAGAAUGCAAAUACAAGGUUUUGAAGAAGGUAGAGAGAUUUUUGGGAAAGUUUUUAAAUGUAAGGGCAUGGUAGAUGCUUUAGGUAAUGUUUAUAGAGAUGAAGGUGCAGCUGGUUUCUUUAAGGGGUUAUCACCUAGUUUAUUAAAAGCAUGUGUCUCAUCUGCUUUAUAUUUUGGAACAUAUGAGUUAUGCUGUGAUAUAAUAAAGUUAUUAAAAGGAAUUUAAAUUUCUAGUCAGGAUACCAAAUAAAGCGAUCUGAAAUAAUUCUAAGAUCUGUAUGGCAAAGUGCAAUAAAUGAGUUCGAAUAAUCAUUUGAAUAGUAAAAUUUACAAGCCCAGAUUUUUCAAAUAUAAUUGUAGGGUAUAUAAAAGUAUUGUAAAGUAUAGUAAAGUUUAAAUAGAUGAUGUGAAAAGUAGUGUUUGUGCUAAAUUAUUGUUUGAAUUUUUCCAUUUUAUAAUUGUUACUAAUAAUGAAAUUAAAUAAAUCGAAUAAAAGCAAAUCUAAAGCAAAAUUAUGUUCUCUAUGCAUUUCU